CGAAAGCGAAUAAAAGCAGGCCGGCAAUUUUCUUUACAGAACAUUGAUCGCAUGACAGCCGUAUCAAAGCGUCAGAUUCUGGCCGAGACCGAAAGGCGUCUCAAUGGGAGAUACAACGUGAUCUGUGCUCGUGCCGAUCUCUCAUACAUCGCUAAUACUGAAGAAUUUUGUCAGCAAACCGUCGGAGACGUCACCUGUUUUGUCUUCAAACAACUUUCAGAUUCGAUUCAAGCAAGCAUGGCAUGA